AUGACGACCCUCGAACCAGAACCAGAACCCGAACACGCAACAGCGACGGGGACAGCGACGGGGACAGCGCCACCCCUCCGCAUCCUCAUCAUAAACCCCAACACCUCACAGCACAUGACGUCCGCCCUCCGCCCGGUCGUGGACUCCCUCCGCCUCCCCUCGGCGCAAUACACCUUCUUCACGUGCCCCGCGCCAGGGAUCCCGAGCAUCAACUCCCCCGCCGACGCGGCCGAGUCGGCCCGGAUCUGUCUCCCGCACGUGAUCCCCUUGUUGGACCGGCACGACUGCGUCCUAGUCGCGUGCUACAGCCAACACCCGCUCGUGGCGCAGUUAAAGAGCGAAUGUGCGAAGUUGGAGAGGACGCGCAAAGAGCUACACGCGCACGCCCACGCCCACGACCGACGGCCCAGAAAAUACGUCACCGGCAUCUUCGAGGCCAGCGUGCUUGCUUCGUUGGGGUUGAUUGAUUCGGGCGACGAGGCCUCAUCAGCGACAGCAGCGUUCGGGAUCGUCUCGACAGGCAAGAUCUGGGAAACCGCGCUACAGAGCGCGGUGGAGGAGUUCAUCGGCGUCGGCGUAGACGGGCAGCCGCCACGGCCGCGACGCUUCGUAGGCUGCGAGACAACCGGCCUCAACGCCAGCGAGUUGCACGAUCUCGACGGGGCGGAGGUGCGGGCCAAAAUGAUGGACGCGACGAAGCGGCUUUUGCGCAGGGCGGGCAAGAAGAGUGAUGGUGGCGACGGCUCCAUCUCCAGAGUUCAGGCCAUUUGUCUGGGCUGUGCGGGCAUGGUCGGGCUGGACGACGCGGUGAGGACGGCGUGUGUAGAGGAGUUGGGCGACGAGGCGGCUAAGGCCGUAUACAUUGUUGAUGGGGUCAAGGCUGGGGUGGGGCUGUUGUAUGGUCUCGCUAGGGGGGGAUUCUGA